AGCAGGACCCACAUCAGGUCAGGUUCCCCGUCUCAGAUUCCCCGUUGGGAUACGUACACAUCCGUGGGGCCUUCUGAAAGCUUUUGGACAUUCGUGGAGUGUAAGCGGGGCACGGGGGCCCGCGGCUGGGCUGAGGACCGAGCCUGAAACAGGAUGGAGACGUGGAAGAAGCUGUUUAAGCGCGUGGUGUCUGUGAAAGCCAGGGAGUAUGUAACGGACUACUGUAAAAGGAACGGACUGCUGACUCUCUCCGUCUUUGCCGUGGUUACGGGCUGCGUUCUUGGAUUUGUGCUGCGGACGUUCAACCUCUCUACACAGGCAAAGAUCUACUUCUCUUUUCCCGGAGAGCUGCUGAUGAGGAUGUUGAAGAUGCUAAUUCUGCCACUUAUCACCUCCAGUCUUAUGUCUGGCCUGUCGGCCAUGGACACGAGGGCAAGCGGCCGUCUGGGUGUCCUGACAAUAACUUACUACCUGUGGACCACUUUCAUCGCCGUGAUUGUGGGCAUCGUGCUGGUGCUGAUCAUUCACCCGGGGACAGGACAGGAGAAAGACGGUCACCAUGGAAGCACGGGCCAUGUCAUGACCUCCGCCGAUGCUCUGCUGGACCUCAUCAGGAACAUGAUCCCUUCGAAUCUAAUUGAAGCUACCUUUCAGCAGUACCGCACAGAUUUGGUGCCAAUUGUGCAGAGCCCCAACGAGAAGGAGUCUCAAGCCAACUUCGUCUAUGUCAUGCCUGAUUAUCACAACCCUCGACUCGGCCAUCCUGUUUUCUUGGAGAUCACUCCUGCGCCUGAUAUCAAGUAUAAAAUUGUUCCCAGCACAAGCAAAGGCAUGAACGUGUUGGGGAUCGUCAUCUUCUCAGCCACCAUGGGUCUUCUGCUGGGGAAGAUGGGGGAACGUGGAUUACCGCUGGUCAGUGUGUGCCAGUGCAUUAAUGAGUGCGUGAUGAAGAUCAUUAAUGCUGCCAUGUGGUAUUUCCCCUUUGGGAUAGUGUUCCUGGUCGCAGGGAAGAUUCUGGACAUGCACGAUCCAGCCCACCUGGGAGAGAAGCUCGGCAUGUACUUUAUCACCGUCCUGGCUGGUCUGUUUGUGCACGGCCUCAUCCUGCUGCCUCUCUUCUACUACUUCUUUACCCGCAAGAACCCCUUUGCCUACAUUAGAGGCCUGUUGCAGGCCCUUGUCAUUGCUCUGGCAACUUCGUCCAGCUCAGCCACGCUGCCAAUCACAAUGAAGUGUCUCCUGGAGAACUGUGGAGUUGACCGGCAGAUAGCUCGUUUUGUCCUGCCGGUGGGAGCCACCAUCAACAUGGACGGCACAGCCUUGUACGAGGCUGUAGCGGCUAUAUUUAUUGCUCAGGUGAAUGAGCACGACUUGGACUUUGGCCAGCUGGUAACGAUCAGUAUCACAGCCACAGCAGCAAGCAUAGGGGCAGCUGGGAUACCUCAAGCCGGUUUGGUCACCAUGGUGAUCGUCCUGACCUCCGUAGGGUUACCGCCUGCUGACAUCUCCCUGAUCGUGGCAAUCGACUGGGUUCUCGAUCGGUUUCGGACCAUGAUCAACGUUCUCGGUGAUGCCUUAGCGGCUGGAAUCAUGGCUCACUUAUGCAAAAAGGACUUUGAAAAAGCAGCUGCAGCCACUUCUGCUGCUCCCUCUCCUGUCAAUAACGAAAGGAGAGACACGGUAAUCUCCUUCGGCAAUCAGAGCGUGGCCAUGUCUGAUGCUCCUCUGAUCACACACCGCUGCGACUAUGUGUACGAGGUGGAUGGGGACAGCGUGCUGGAGAGGCCUGUGCCCUGCUAUAAUCUCUGCCAAGUCUGAGGAAAACCAAAGAGAUUCAUGAGAUCUGUUUAUUUCAACGGGACAUACUUAAAGCACGGGGUGCUUUUUUUCUUUUGGAGUGAAUAUGUCUACAAAGACAAGAAGUCAAGCAAACUGAGGUGUCAGGGCUGAGUGGCUUAACAAUUUUUUGUGCCAGUGCCAUGUUGAAAAAAAAAAGAAACCUCCACCGGGGGAGAAGAGCAUCUCAAGAGGAACUUGAAUCUUGAGCAUGGGUUAUUGUCUGGGAGCAAAGGAAGCAAGAUGGAAGCAAAUGUGAGACAUAGGAGACUAACUUGCCUGUGUUUACAGGCAGGGACAGACAGUCCUUAUAAAGUUGACUCCAGGUAUGAGUUGAAGGUUUUAAGCUGCCUUAAUAUGAAGCUAAGCAAUGGGAAGACUUGAAUGUUGAGAGAAACCAUUUAGAACAAUUACACAACUGGAGCUUUAGACAUUGUAUGUUUUAAAAAAAAAAAAAACUAUCAAUGGACACAAAAUCAAUGCUAAGAAAAGUUGA